CUCAAUUAUUCACAAAUACUCCGUUCGUAUAUGGUAUCAGAGCCCCUUCUUUAAACAGAUUUUUUUUUGAGGACAUAUUUGUGCGUCUCUCAUCUCCAGUAAGUCUUCAUGACUACUUCCGGAUCUGGCUCCGUGGACUCUGGUUCGUCGUCUCUGGCGGACCUCAUCCGCAUGUCUGCCUCCAAGCAUUUUCCCAUCAAAUUAACCAAGACCAAUUAUCUCGUGUGGCGCCGUCAGCUCCCAUCUCUCUCUGUUUUAAUUUAGAUAAUGCUCCUAUAAGAAGAGAGCUAGCUAGCUUCACUUAUGUUUCUUGGUUUAAGGAAAAAAGUGCCUGUGCUGCUUGGUGAAUGGGACGUGGCGGAGUUACUUGGGGUUUGGCGUUGCCGCCGGGAGUGUCUCCGGCGGCGGCGGCGGGCGGCGCGGACAAAGAAGACCAGUGGAGGAACUUCGACAGCUCCGUCAACGCGGUGUCGUUUGGCUUUGUCGCCACCGCUAUUCUCAUUGCAAUGUUCCUUGUGAUGGCCAUUUUCGAGCGCCUCCUCCGCCCGGCAGCCUCUUCCGACGACGACCCAUCUUCCUCCGGCGCCUCCAAUCGCGUCAUCGUCCGAACGAAGCUCGAUUGUCCCUCCCCAGAAAUGACGGUGUACGGUAGAGGAGUGUCGGUGUUGAUGCCCGGGGAAGAUGUUCCCACGUUCAUUGCCCAUCCCGCCCCUCCGCCCUGCAGUGUGAUGAGUCGAAAUCUCGUAACCCCGACUCCGUCCUCGUCCAUCUCGCCCUCUCCACGUUCAUGCAGUAGUAGUAGUACUCCUAGCUAGCUAGUUGAUGAAUAAUGAUAUAUAUGAUGAUCUUAUUAUAUCACAUAAAUUUGGAAGAAGGAAAAAAAAGAAUUGAGGAAUGAGUUUUCCUAUAGCUAGCUAGCUAGCUAGAGAGUCUUAGAUCCCAUAUAUAUUAUGUCUAACAUGUUUCAAGCAUUUGGAACUUUUUUUUUAAUUUAAAAUAAAUAAUAACCUAACAAAUAAGAGCUGGUUGAAUUGGAGAGUGCAUGUAUGUAGCUUGUGCUGCAGACUCUUGAUAAUAAAUUGAAGUGAGGAAU